UCAUUUGAAAUCAUUAGUUUUUUUUUUCAUCAAAUUCUCAAAUUGUUGUAAUUAUAUUUUCUGUUCUUCAACUUCUUAUCUUCAUCUAUAAUGAAAAUGUUUUGGGGUUUAGUCUUGGAACCUGGUCAAAUCUAUGAACAGAAAGCUGAAUCAUCAUUCCACUUGACAAUGGCUGCUUUGGAGCCUUCUACUAAGACACCGACACCUAAUAAGUCAACAAUUUGUUCAGUUAUUUUGGAAAGUAACAAGACUAAGUUUAUCCUAUGUAAUCUUGACCCACAACGUGCUUUACAGCAACCUCUUGAUUGCGUUUUCACUGAAGGUGAACCAAUUAGUUUUUCUGUUAAUGGAGAUUCAAGGGUUCACUUAACUGGUUACAUCAUGCCUGAUUCAGAUAUCGAAGACUCAGAAGACAUGUUUGAUAUGAGUGAAUCUGAUUCUGAAGCUGAAAUGAUGAAUUUAGCUGAGAAAAAGAGAAAGUUAGGAGCUGAAUCUAAAGAUGGUAAUAAAAAGGUUAAAUUUGGUGAUGAGCCCACCGCUGUAGUUGCUAAAGCUGAUAAGAAACAAGAAAAAGGCAAGCAACAACCAGCCAAAGGAGCUAAGAAUGAUGUCCAAGCUAAAGGUAACCAGAAAGCUAAACCAGUAAAUCUUGGUGUUGAUGAAGAUGAGGAUGAAGAUGAUGACGAUGAUGAUUCAUUGAAUAGUGAAGCAAUGAAAGAUCUUUUAGACAAUUUUGAAAGUGAUGAUGAAGACGAUGAUGACGACGAAGAUGAAGAAGAAGAUGAAUCAAGUCCAGAAGUGAAGAAGCCAGUAAAACCUCAAGGUAAACAAAAUCAAAAGCCUGCUACCCCUGGUAAACAAGGAGGUUUACCUGGAAAACAAGAUGGUCAAAAAAAUCAAACACCUCAAGGAGGAAAGAAACCUUUCCAACAAGGCAGCGGCGGCGGUGGUAAACCCUGGUCCGGUGGUAAAGGAGGAGCUAAAGGAGGUCCUAAUAACUUUAAGAAUAAUCAAAAUUCUGGUAAAAAAGGUACCCCUCAAGGUGGAAAAAAAUUUGGAGGUAACUCACCCGGUGGUAAAAAACCAUGGGCCCAAAAAAAGUAGACUCAUUUAAUUAAGGAAAAUAUUUGUUCCAAUUACAUUGAUUAUGUUAUAUUCAAAAUUCAACCAAAAACAACAUCAUCAUUUCCUUUUCCUUCUGUUUUUUUUUCUCCCCAUAAAAUUUUUUUCUCUCUUUUCUCUGUUUAUUUUCCCAUUUUCUCUAUCUUUUUCAAACCUCUGAUCAACUAUUGAAUAAUUAAAAAAGAGACAACUUUCGCCAUUUUCCUUACAAUUAA